AUGUCAUCCGAAGCCCCUACUCGCAGAAAGCGCGGUACAAGCGAGGGCUCUGCCCAGACUGCCGACACCGACCACAGGAAACGCCGACGCAACAGGACUACGCAAUCAUGCCUGAACUGUCAUACUUCUAAGCGUAUGUGCGAUAGAAAGCGGCCCUGUGGUCGAUGCACACAGCUCGGCUUGACGGGGUUGUGUAUAUAUGAGAUAGACGACCCUUCUCAGCGCGAUGACCAGGACGAGAAGUCACGACUUCAGAGUCGCGUAGCUGAACUUGAGCGAGUGAUCAGAGAGGUAUAA